AAAACGACUCUGACCCGACCCACCACCACUCUCGGGAAAAAAGAAUAUCAGUAGGUUCCUCCUCCAUCGCUUGCCACUAAAAUUCAAAUUAAUCUCAUAUGAAUAUCGCUUCCUAGCUGAAACGCACAGAUUCAUUCAAUCGAGCGAGAGCCAUGGGUUGUCUCUUCCGUUGCUUCCUCCGUGCCAAAGCCGAGGAGCAAUCUACCGUCGGCGAUUCCGUCUCUCAACCUCCCGGCGUCAACUCCAUCAGAGGCCACGACUCGAAGAAUCGUUUGUCAGCUCUGUUUCUCUCUCAAGAGAAAGCAGAUUCUCCGCCACGUCAUCACAGAGAAGGAUCUGGUUUGCAUAUUCACAACGAUCUCAUCAUCAAGGAUGAGGUUCAGCUUCUCAAAGCUUGCGGUGUAACAACAGCCACACCGAUUGAAAUUAGGAAAGCAUCCCAAAAGCUGGAAACUCCUCAACGUGGAAAACAGCUUACAUCUUCCCAAGUUCAUUCCUGGAUCUCUGAUGCAGUCUUUCACUUGGAUGAACCGUGCGAAGAGUUUUCAGAGCAAACUCCUAGCAGUUGCGUGACGAGGAUCUCCACUGGAUAUAGUGAUGCUGGUGAAGAAAGCCAAGAAGGCAUUGGUACUGAGUUCAGGGAUGGGGUGUAUAGACCCAGCAAGGUGCCAUUCACAGAUGGAAAGAGGAAAUCAGUGUGGUCUAAAUGUGAUUUUGAUCAAUCUUACUCUUCUACUUCUUCCAAGAACAGCACUUCAAAGACACCAGAGAAGGCUGGAAAAAGUAAUUUCUCAACAACCUCGCGUAAUCUGACCUCAUUGAAGCUAUCUGAUGAGAUUCAAACUCCUGCAGUUAUGGAAUCAGCAGUAAGGGGGAGACCAAGAAUCAGGUCGCACUGUUUGCAUUCAGCUUCCAGUCUUACUGAAAACGCCUCCAUAUGUAAGCUCCCUGAAGAUUCAGAUGAGACUAAAGAGCAUGCUUGCAAAGAGAAAAAAGAACCUGAAUCUCCAAUACCAGUAACUUGUGAGGGAAAGUUGGAAGAGAGUUCAGCUAGUCCUUCUCCUUGGGUGAAGCAGAGUGAAGAGAAGAGUAACCAAAAAGUGACGGCUACUAUAUCCACUGUUACUUAUGGGGACAGGCCCAUCAUUGGAACGGCUGCUGCUCACUGGAACGAGAAAGAGCAAUCUCAAAUCUCACCCAAAUGGUGGGAUGGUAAUGGGAUACCAAACUCUACAAACAAGUACAAAGAGGAUCAGAAAGUGAGUUGGCACGUAACAUCUUUCGAGGAGAGAUUGGAGAAAGCACUUUCAGAAGAAGGCGGUCAAGGUUUCAUCCCAUCAAGAAAACUUGAAUUAAUGGAAGAGGCUGAAAGGGACACAGCUAUAUCACAGCUGCAUCAUCCAGCGCAAUCCACAUCAAUCGUUUCCUUUUGAACAUCGUGUAGUCUGUUGAGUAUUGAGUGGUUAUCAUGAGUUCAUGACUCAUGAGCAAUAUGAUACGUAGAAGAAUCUAUAUAGCAAACUUUACACGACGGUUCAUGAUUUCGUAUA